AUGGGUGAUUUGGGAGGCAUUCAGUGGUUUGACUCGAGAAAUAUCCCUCAGAUUAAAGAGAUAUAUGACGUGAAUAAUAAAGUGAUUCAAAAAACACGGGUUGAGAUAUAUUGUGCCGGUAUUUCAUUUCACGACGUUAUGCUCGCAACGGGUCGUAUCCCAUCUGGCCCUGAACAACUUAUCACUGAUUGCACACUUGGUUGUGAAUACGUGGGCCGAAGGGCUGAUACCGGGGAGCGGGUGAUGGGCAUAGACAUGGGCCGUACGUUUGCCACAUCACUGAACGCUAACAUUCAUAGCAUGACUACAGUUCCCGAGCACUGGUCUAUGACUGAAGCGGCGACUAUACUCAGCACUUAUUGUACACUGUAUUACGCGCUCAUCAAAAGGGCUAAUUUGAAGCAAGGUGAGAGUAUAUUAAUACAUUCGGCGGCGGGAGGUGUGGGACAGUCGUGUAUAAACAUGUGUCAACACUACGGGAGCGAUAUCUAUGUGACGGUCGGAACGGACGAUAAAAAGCAGUUCCUUAUGAAGGAGUAUAACAUACCGGAGAACCGGAUAUUCAACUCAAGAGAUAUACUCUUCAAGAAUCAGAUCAAAGAGGCGACAAAAGGGCGCGGAGUAGACAUUGUGCUGAACUCCUUGGCCGGUGAGAAACUGGAUGCUAGUUAUGAAUGCGUGGCAAACAGUGGGAGGUUUGUGGAGAUCGGACGGUACGACAUGCUUCAGAACAAAAAGCUGGGAAUGUUUGACUUCGUGAGGAAUAUACUGUUCAUCGGUAUUGUCAUCGAUAUCGUCAUUAUGGAUGACAUGGACUUCUUCGCCGAGUUCUACGACUGGGUUCACAAGAACUCGAAGAAUGGAUGCGUUAAACCCAUUACUUACACCACGUUUAAUGCCAGUGAAUACGAUAAGGCUUUCCGGUAUAUGACAACCGGCAAACACAUGGGGAAAGUGAUCAUCAAAAUGAGAGACGAAGAAAAUACCAGAAAACCUCUUAAGAUGAUUAAGUCGGCGCCUAAUAUCACGACAACUGUUAAGACAUUUUUCGAUCCAAACAAAGUCUAUAUAAUAACCGGUGGUUUGGGUGGCUUUGGUAUGGAACUGAUGCCAUGGAUGUUGUAUUAUGGUGCAAGGAAGUUUGUGGUGACCUCCAGGUCUGGGGUUAAAACAGAUUAUCAGAAAUGGGUGUAUAACCGGGCUAAAUCAUUUUACGAAGACUUCAAGUAUUUUAAGUGCGAUUAUGUUGUCUCGACUGCCAAUGGGUUUACUAUUGAAGGCACACAACAACUCAUAAAAGAGGCUCAAGAGUUGGGACCCAUUGGAGGGGUAUUUCAUUUGGCGUUUGAAUUGAAUGACUGUUUGAUAGAGAAGUUAACGUUUGAUAAGUUUUGUUCGUCUAUUGAUACCAAACAUAAGAUAUUCACGAAUUUGGAUCAAUUGACCCGAAAAUUGGACUACAUUAACGGAAAUGGAGGUCAGUCUAACUACUCGUUCGGUAACUCCAUGUGUGAGCGUAUUUGUGAACAACGCCGGAGGGAUGGCUUACACGGACUGGCCAUACAGUACGGACCCAUCGGUGAUGUGGGAGUGUUUGCAGAGACGGAUCAGUUGCUGUCAAUGACAUCGAUAAGAAAACAGCGAAUCAACUCGUGUUGCGAUGUUUUGGACAAACUCUUACAAAGUACUAAACCUGUCGUCACCUCACAUAUUAAAGUGGACCAGGUCAAGGAGGGCGGUAGUCGUAAAAAGCGAAUGGUAGCCGAACUAUGGCGUGCUUUGGGCAUCGACCCCGAGACCACACCCAACCACCUAACCCUGGGUGAGAUUGGGUUGGAGUCCAUGUUCGCCGUUGAGCUGCAACAGGAACUGGAGAGGGAGUGGAAUAUGAAGGUGUCUAUCAAUCAGGUCAAGUCCAUUACGGUGGGUAUGCUGAAGGACUACGAGGCCGGCAAUGUGGGUGAACUCAAAAAGCACGUCGAGGACAUUAAGCGAGCUAGGACGUACUUGUUGAAACAAAAGUUUAUUAUACCCAACGAGGUCCACGUGCGCCUGAAUAACGUGACUCAGGGACGGCCCGUGUAUUUCCUACCGACAGUUAUACUCAACUUUUCGCUGUUCGAGGAGUUGGCCCUCAAACUGAACCGCCCGGCCAUUGGCCUACACUGGACUCGGGACGUGAGCAAACUGACCUCGCUCAAAGACAUGAGCAACUACUACGUGAAGCUACUGAAAGAGCUGGAGCCUAACGGCAAGUACGAUGUGGUCGGCUAUUUCGAUGCGACCAUCACGUGCUCGAAGCUGCUGCUGAAGGGUAUGGCCGGUAAGGCGGUGGUCAUCGACGUGAUCAGCGACCACCGGUUCUGCGAGGACGAGCUCACCGACGAGUUUAUGGUGGAGUUUAUGCUGACUAUACUGUCCGGUGAGAUACCCGACUCCUUCAAGGAACGGGUGGUCCGGGAGAUUAAAAAGGAGAAGACUAUGAAGGCUAAGAUACGGCUUAUUUGCAAUGAGGUGACCGACUUCGCCGGUAAGGGACUGGUAGCUCCCGAUAUGGAGGAGAUAUUCAAUAUAAUGAUAGCCCGGAUUCGUAUGCUAUCGGAGUAUAGACUCAACAAAAAGAAGAAGUUUGCGAAUAAACUAAAGCUCGCGAUCGGAAAGAAAUGGGCGAAAAAGUCGGGCAAAUUGAUCUUGAUC